AUGCUUGUCGGCGAAGCCUGGCCGUCGCAGCAGGUGUUAGUCCAGCGCUACAUUGACUUCACAUUUGUCUCUGGUCCUCCUGGACCCAGCCAUAACAACUGCGUGUUCUAUACAGAAACCACCCAAAUUGUCGAGCGCCUGGAUGCGACGGGGCUUGUUCUGCCGCCCGCUCCCGGGGACCGACGGGUUUUACCACGUCUAGGCUGCGCCGUUGGAUGUCGAAUAUAUUUCAUACCCGCACUUCCGAAGUCUGCUCUUCUUGGCGUGGUUUGGAAACAUCUCGUGCCGGCGACGUCUCAUCCCAUCACGCUCCACGCCGGGUCCACGAAGGAGUGGGUGCCCGAUGCAACCAUUAUCCACAACAUCUGGCACACUGUUCGUGCUGUGACUCUCCGCUUCGUCUGGUUUUACCGGAACAAGUGUCUGUUUGACGGCCGGCGGUCCACACCGACGUCCCCUGCCCUGAUGGUCAUCUUCUCGACUUCGAGUGCCCACCUGCGUCAUCUUCUUCGCCGCCAAUAUGAUAUGGGUAUGAGGAAGGCUCUUCAGCGUGCCACUGCUGCGUUGUCUCGCGAUGCUUCUUUCGACAGCUUCCUGAAAUUCCAUCCCGCUGCACUUGUUGUCCGUCAUCGCUCCGACUCCUUCCAGUCUUCCAAGGAUCCCGGUGCUUCAACUCCCACUCCCCGCUUCACUGUACUCUGA